AUGAAUACACGCCAGGUUAUCGAUGACUCGGCAGGUCCAGUCUCUCUGUCCGCAGCCUUCAACAGCGACAGCAGCUGCUUCUCCGUUGGGUUAGAUACAGGUUUCUGCGUCUUCAACUCGGACCCAUGUGAACUCAAAGUAUCUCGAGGUGUGCCCAAGCUUAUUUUAUGCUGUAUCGGCGUUGCAGAAAUGUUAGGACAGUCCAACUACUUGGCCAUCGUCGGCGGGGGCAAGCAACCUAAACUACCACAAAACAAAAUGGUCAUCUGGGAUGACGUAAAGCAAAAAUCCGUCAUCACGCUCGAAUUCCGCACUUCGGUCCUCCGAGUACGUCUAUCCAAGUCGCGCAUCGUAGUUGCCCUCCUGAAUAGCGUCCACGUUUUCGCUUUCUCCACGCCGCCUGAAAAGCUGUCGGUUUUUGAGACUACAGAUAAUCCUUUGGGCUUAAUAUGCCUUGGCAAGAAGCUCCUGGCGUUCCCCGGCAGGUCUGCAGGACAAGUUCAACUGGUGGAGUUGGAGACGGGAAAUGUCAGUAUCAUUCCGGCACACAGUUCAAGUCUUAGGGCCAUUGUGCUCAGUCCAGACGGCGAGGUGUUAGCUACAGCAAGUGAACAGGGUACUUUGGUACGGGUAUUUUCUACGAGGAAUUGCGCAAAGACCGCCGAAUUACGACGAGGCGUUGACCAUGCCAUGAUCUUCUCUCUCGCCAUUUCCCCUUCAAAUACAUAUUUAGCGGUCACGUCAGACAAGUCAACACUGCAUGUCUUCGAUCUCCCGCAUCCUCGAACGUUAUCGCGUCGCAGCCAGUCCCCGUCUUCAUACUCCGAGGAUGGGGUGAACCAGAAAUGGGGUAUCCUAGGAAAGAUUCCUCUGCUUCCCAGAGUCUUUUCCGAUAUUUACUCGUUCGCAAGUGCUCACUUUGAGAUCGGAGAUGACUCUCUCGGCGGUACACCUUACAUUCCUCCGCUAGGCACAUCCGUCGGACGACCAUCCAAAGGCGUAUUGGGCUGGACAGACGAUCAUACUAUUUUGAUAAUAGGUGCUGGUAAAGAAGGUCGGUGGGAGAAGUUUGUCAUUCGUGAAGGUGAAGAUGGCAAACGCUUCUGCAUCAGGGAGGGCUGGAAGCGCUACCUGGGAGGAUGA